AUGCCGGAACAGAGCAACGACUACAGAGUCGUGGUAUUUGGGGCCGGUGGGGUCGGUAAAAGUUCCUUGAUAUUACGUUUUGUGAAAGGAAUUUUUCGAGAAUCUUAUAUACCAACUAUCGAAGACACCUAUCGACAGGUGAUAAGCUGUAAUAAAAAUAUAUGCACACUUCAAAUAACGGAUACAACCGGGUCCCACCAGUUUCCUGCUAUGCAGCGGCUUUCGAUAAGUAAAGGUCACGCAUUCAUCCUGGUGUACUCAGUGUGCUCGCGGCAAAGCCUUGAAGAAUUACGAUCAAUCUGGGCGGUGAUACGGGAGCUUAAAGGACAGGAUAUCUCCCAAAUUCCGAUAAUGCUGGUCGGCAACAAGUGUGACGAGAGUGCUUCAGUUCGCGAGGUAUCAAUGAGUGAAGGUGAAGCUGAGGCCGCUAAUUGGGGCUGUGGAUUUCUCGAGACCUCCGCCAAGACUAACCACAACGUUAAUGCACUCUUCCGUGAUCUUCUCAACCUUGAAAGGAAUCGCUCGGUGUCAUUGCAGCCGAUGGAAAUCAACAGCGCGAUAAGCCUUAAGGAAAAAUGUGCCGUUAUGUAA